AUGUCGACUGUAGUGAAGAAUACACCCGUCGAGGCAAUCCCCGAGGUGGUGGAAGGGCUUCGUGCCAGCUUCCUCACGGGCAAGUCGAGGAGCGUCGAGUAUCGCAAGAAGCAGCUCAAGCAGCUCUAUUUCUUGGUGAAGGAAAACGAAACAGCGUUUGUCGAGGCCAUUAAAAAUGACCUGGGUCGCCCUCCAAUGGAGACCGAGUUUGGCGAGAUUGUGUCGGUAAAGAAUGAGAUUGCCGACGCCAUUUCCCAUGUCGACGAGUGGGCAAAGCCGACCAAGGUCUCCGGGGGGCUGGCCUACUUUGCGCACACGACCAAGACGAUCAAGGAUCCGCAAGGCACAGUGCUCGUGCUUGGUGCAUGGAACUACCCGAUCACGGUUCAAAUCGGACCUGUUGUCGGCGCGUUGGCGGCGGGCAAUAUGGUCGUGCUCAAACCUUCAGAGCUUUCUGCGCACUCUGCGCAGCUCAUUGCGGACCUGUGGCCCAAGUACAUGGACCCCGAAUUGACGCGCGUCGUGAACGGAGGAGUGGAGCAUUCGACUGCGCUGCUCGACCAGCGCUUUGAACACAUUUUCUAUACGGGCAGCGGCCGCGUCGGCCGCAUCAUUGCCGAGAAGGCCGCUAAGUGGCUGUGCCCCACGACGCUCGAGCUUGGCGGCAAGUCUCCCGUGAUUAUCGACCACACUGCGGACCUUGCCAUUGCAGCGCACCGUCUCGUUUGGGCCAAAGCCUUUAAUGCGGGUCAAACGUGCAUUGCGCCGGACUAUGUCUUGAUUGAUCGGUCGGUGCAGGACAAGUUUGUGGCCGAGCUGCAAAAGGCAGCGGGUGAAUUUUGGCCGUCGAUGGACAGGAAUGUGCGCGACUUUGGCCGUAUCGUCAACGAGCGCAACUGGAACCGCCUGGCCUCGAUGCUUCGUGCGUCCAAAGGGCAAGUCGUUUAUGGUGGCGUGGAUGCCGGAGACGAAUCAUCCAAGUUCCUUCCGUUGACGAUUCUCAAGGACGUUGAUGGUCAGGACUCGACCAUGGCAGAAGAAAUUUUUGGCCCCAUCCUGCCCCUCGUUCCAGUGGACAAUGUGCAGGAUGCUGUGGACUUUGUCAAUGCCCGUGACCAGCCCUUGGCCCUCUAUCUUUUUACCUCUACGCAAACUACGACGGACUUUAUUCUGAGGUAUACGCGCAGCGGUGCCGCGGUCCGCGGCGACUUUAUGCUGCACUUUUCCAUCAACGAGCUUCCGUUCGGCGGCACGGGUCCGUCGGGUUAUGGAACCUACCACGGCAGGGCUGGCUUUGACUGCUUUACGCACGAGCGCGCAUUUGUCGACGCACCAGCCUCGGGCCUGCUUGGAUCGGCCGUCGAGAAUAUGAUGUCGCUGCGCUACCCUCCCUACUCUGCAACCAAGCUGGCCCUGCUCCAGAAGUCGAUGAACAAGUUGGUGUUCUUUGGCCAUCCCAAGAACCCCACCGUGUCUCCCUCCAGAAAGUCUCGUUUGUAA